GAGGAAUCCUAUUGUGAGUCAGAGGAUAAGUUGGAUUUUUAUUCAUUAACCUGUUUUUGGAAAGAUGGUGGGAAUGUCACCUCUGGACAAAGCAAGUCUUUUCAUGUGUUGUGCUCUGCUCCUGACCUUCACCGUGGCAGAGAGGGAGUACUUUUUCCUGCCCAUACCUCUGACCUGGGAUACUGCCAGGAACCACUGCCAGGUCUGCUUUAAGGAUCUGGUGACUGUGACUCCAGAAAAUGUCUUGAUCAUCGUCAAGAAGAUCAACACUGAUCACUGGAUUGGUCUUCGCAAACAACCUUCCGGCAACGUCACCGACAACAACAACUUGACCAACACUGACAUCAACAACUUGACCAACAUCGUCAACAAUUUAACCAACAUCAUCAACAGGAGCAAUCAUUCAAUCAACCCUGUUAAUUUAGCCAUCUCCUAUAGCAGUUUAGCCAACCCUGUCAACAGUUUAAGCAACAACGCUAACAGUUUAUCCAGCUCUGCUGGCGCUCUAACCAACAAUUCAAUCCAACUUAACACCAGCAAAUUAAUAGACAGUAUCUUCAGCAAUAACAGUAACAGUAACAUCACCAGCAAUUCUACCGAUACCCUCUAUGAGGCCUGGAGCUUUUGGGCCAAUGGGGAUCCUGUUAUCUUCCAAAACUGGUAUCCUGGCAUGCCACAAAUGAAAUCCCCCAUCCCGAACAUAAACUGUUGCAGUUGUUCUUGCACAUGCCCAGCGAAACCCACCAGCAUCAUGACAAGCUUUGUCCCUACCACAGAUUUGACAACCACAUCCAGAUUUUGGACAACUGAAAAGACUACGACAGAAACACUGACCACAUUUGCAGGAAACACAAGUUUCAAUGAAAGCUUCCUGAACAUCCCAGUGAAUGCAACUCAAGACAAUACAACCAACACAAACUUCACUCUCAACAUGACAAAUCCAACAACAGCAACAACAUCCACUACCAUAGAAAGAGCCCUAAACACCAUUGACCAAAGUUCGCCAAACACAACAGUAACAACAAACAUGCAGAAGUCUACCAACCAAUCUGAAUGGAACACGACAAACAAUCACACAACAGAAAUGGAUGACUUUUCUAACACCACUGACAAAACAUCUUACAUCCCAACCACAAACUAUACGACUGUAGAGACAACAGCAAUCAGAACCACUUUUGAUGCUCUCAAGUCCUUAACGAGCUCACCUUGGACCACGCCACAGCCACCGAUAGAAGCAGCAUGCGAGCGAUCUCCCAUGGAGGCUCCUUUUCUUGUUGAGAUCAAUAAAAACUACAUCGAGGACCCCUGUGUGGUCAUUCUCAAAUCUGGGCUUUGGGUUGAAAGGAGAUGCUCGGAGAUUCUUCCUUUCAUUUGUUAUGAAGACAGGUUUUUCGGCUACACCAAUGUGUCGAAUAUAACAUCAGAGAGUGCCAAUCUGACCUGGCAGCCUGGACCUGGGGGCAUCAGUCACUAUUAUAUAGAGAUAACUGGUGACUUAGACCUGAAAGAAAAUGUGACAGAUUUGACCCUUGAGCUCUUCAGCCUCACGGCAGGCGGCAACUACAGUGUUCAGGUGUUUCCUGUUAAGUGUGGCCGAUUCCUCAAUCCUCUGAAUACCUCUUUCUACACCAUUCCUUAUGAAGUUAAUGAUCUCAGAGUCGAAAACGUAACAGAAAGAUCUAUUUUUCUGAGCUGGAGCAAGCCUGAAGGAAAAGCUAGUUUUUACCUCGUAGAGACGGAAAAUCACAAAGGUAGAAACGUGAACACGACAGAUCUAGAGUUUGAUGGAUUGAUACCUGGAACCUGCUACACCUUCACCGUCAAAUCUGGAGUCCCAACCCAGUGGAGCAAUGAAGCCAACGUUACAAGCUGCACCAAGCCAAGCAAAGUGUCUAAUCUGAAAGCGACUGACAUUCAAGACACUUCACUUACUGUUGGUUGGAAACAACCGGAGGGAAAGUUCACAGUUUACCAUGUGACUGUAAAGUUCAAUCAGAAAGAACAAAACCAUUAUGUGAACGCAACGGAGACCAACCUGAUCCUAACGGACCUGCAGGGGGGCACCAGAACAACCAUUGAGGUGGCAGUGCUGUCCAACGGCCUGAUGGGAGAUGUCGUGGAAAUCAUAGAGUACACUGUUCCUGAGCGGGUCUCAAAGCUGGAGUUGACUGCCGAACAAAGGACCAUCGCAGCUAAAUGGAAAUAUACGAUCGACAAUAAUACAACGUUCAUCGCUGAACUUUGGGAAAGUAAUAAAAUUCAAGAACUGACAACAAAAAACACUACUAUUAGUUUUUCAGGGCUAAAGGCUGCAACCAACUACACCGUGAUUGUCUAUGUUAUGAAAGGAAGUACCAAAAGUCCAGCGGAGAGAUGCUCCAUCUUUACAUUGACCGUUGCUCCCACUAACCUCAAAGAUAUCGAAAGAACAAAAAAUAGCAUCACCUUGAAGUGGACGGUCCCUGAGGAAAUGAAAGAUGCUAUCCUCCUAUUUAGAGUUAGCAGUCUCUGGAGUAAAACUUAUAAUGAAAUGGCUGAAAAAACAGAUAAUCAUACCUUUAAAAACUUGAUCUCAGGAACCAAGUACUAUUUUGAAGUGCGUGCCAAGGCUGGGGAUAGCAUAAGUGAAUCACAAAAUUACUCAGCUAAGACAGAACCAGACAAAAUGGAUGUCAGUCUGUCAAUGCUGUGCUCCUCAGCCGAGCCGCUCCACUGUGAAAAAGAGACGGAAAAAAGCUCUGUGCUUGUAGAGGUAAGACCAAAUCAGAAGGUUUUUGGAAACAAAGCAUUGACAUGUAAUUGUUUGUGUUUUUCUGAUUUUUUUCUUGCAGAUAGAAAAAAUGCUUAAGAAAAAAUUCAGUGACGACAUAUACUUUGAGACGCCAGAGAGUUUAACGAGCCCAAAUUCUUAAUGUUUUUGUGUCAUGAUUUAUUGACUGUUUUUUAUUUUUUUUUAUUUAUGUCAAUAUUAUUUUUAAUAAAGUCUAUAGAGAAUCAGCUCAAAUCUUACUAUUUCUCUUCAACUGAUCAUACAUUUGUAUGUUGCUGUUCAUGGAUUUUCUCUUUGUUUCAUAAAAAAAAAAGAAUAAUGUGCAGCUUUUCUGUAUUUCAUUGUUUUGAGACAUUUUUUCUAUUUUUGUGUUUUAUUGUUUUUCUUUGGUAAUGUUGUGAAAAUUUGACUUCCAUAAUAGUUUUUUUUUUAUCCAUAUCAACAUAUAUUUGUAAUAUUGUGGUAUGCAUUUGUUGAGGGUGUGGGGAAAAUGUAAAACAUGUACAAAUACAAUAAAAGAUAUAAAUGAUGGAAUUUUUUUAUGUUGUUCAAAAUCAUGUAAAAUGUUGCACCAAAUAGAACUGAUAAAGGAAAUACUACUUUGAAUCAUAUCUGGAGACUUUGAUAGUGUGAAUGAAAGCAAGUAUGAUUUAAGUCCUACAGGGCAUCCCAUAAGUAUCCAAUUCUGACACUACUUUACUUUCGUUUUGCUGAACACCAGAUAUGACGUCACCAAUACUAUUAAGUGAAAAUCGAAUCAAUACGAACAUUUCACAACAUUUAUUUAUGACUUAAAAACUUGUUUAAAAAUUACAUUGAAACACUUUUUUUUUGGCAGAAAUUGUUUGACCACAAUGCAUUGUGGUCUAUAUCUGUUAAUAUGGUGAGUGUAGAUGUACACUACUUUUUGCAAAGACUUCUGGAAAAUUUCUAGAGGACUCAAUUUUGGAAUUGUAGAUUAAGACAGCACUUGAACAUGGCGAACGCACCAUAUAGUGUACUGCAUAGUGAGUAAGGAAGGCAUUCGGACACACCCACUAUUUUUCCAUAACUCUCAGUUUGGAGGGCUGAAUGUAGGGGUAGGGAGAAGCCAUAGGGGAAAGAUUCAAAUUUGGCCUUAGAAGCAGAAAGGAUUUGAACAAAUCCGGUUUAAUGAGUGGAUUUAUUCACAGAGCGCCAGAACAAACAAAAGUGUCUCCUGUUGUGAGGGCUGGGAUUCCUUAUACUGAGACCUAAAUGAAGGCAGCUGUGCCUUCUGAGGAGCAGCCACACAAAAAAUUGUUUCACCUAAAGAGCCACUCUGAUCAUCUUUUGAUCAAAUGUAAAUGCGUUCCCAGUGGUCUUUUAAUUAUAAUUAAGCCGUUUUUAGCCAGAAUUUUAAAAGAACCUGUGCUGGACUGUUGUUGUGGAGCAACCCCAUCCACCAUUCCCGUCAGCUAUCUGUUUAUACUCUCCCCCACUAGCUUACAGCCCCUCACAACUGCAACCAAACAAAAAUGGUGAGCGAUAUUGGAGCUAUUCAGCUGUACAGUUGUGAUCCAGAUGCCAAUUUGGGCGAGGAAAACAAAAGACAUUCAUGGAUCUAUUUGUCUGCUGGAGGGUGUAUCCGAAAGCUUGUGGCCCCGCCCACUGUAGUUCGUAUGUCACAGCUACAAGCUUUUUCAAACAGCAUUGUUUUGUCUGCUUCUAAACUACGACCAUUUGAAUAAAGAAAAACUCAGAAUCAUUUUCUGUUUUAUUUUUUAUUUUUUUACAGUUUUUACUGUUUUUUUAGUUAUUUUUUUAAAGUAUUAUUUUAAUGUGUUUUUGCAUUUUUUU